UACAAACUACACGGAUGUAUUAAAAAAAAAAACAAGAAGAGUGUCUUUCAUUAUUUCGAACUACGAGAGAAACUCGAAUAUUAAACAGUAUUAGUAAAACAAAAUGUGCGCGUGUGUGCAAAGUAUGUAAGAAGUAUUUUUAAGGCGGCGAGAGCUUAAAUGGCUAUUGCAAACACCAAAUAUACGCUGUUCCAAACACUCGCACACACACACAGAUUCUGAUUCUGAUUCUGAUUCCGAUUCUGAUGCAUUUGUAGAUGCAGCUACUGUCUGAUAAAAGAAAAGAAUUCCAAAGAUCCUUUGACGACGCUUCGCUGUGCAUAACGAUUUAAUAAUACUUUGUGAUAGUCUUGUUUUAUUCAUCUUUAUUUUUAUACAAUUACUGUAGUUGUAUUUUAAGUUUUUAAGAGAAACCAAACAAAGUUGCAUACCAAAUAGUAUCAAGCCACAUUCUGCAAAUGCAUUCCACAAGCAGCAUAAUAACCACAACUAGACUAUUCGACAAGCUCAAAAUGGGCCUGACACUGCUGCUGCUGCUGGUUAGCUGCUUGGGCUGUCCGGCCAUAAUUGAGGCAUGCUCCAGCCGCACGGUGCCCAAGCCGCGUCCAUCGAUCUCGUCGUCGUCCAUGUCCGGCAUUGCGCUGCCGCCAACACAGGCGCCUUCAACGACGAGCACAACAAUGCGCACAACCACAACAACAACAACGACGACGGCCAGGCCGAACAUAACAUUCCCGACAUACAAGUGCCCGGAGAACUUUGAUGCCUGGUACUGUCUGAACGAUGCCCACUGUUUCGCUGUGAAGAUCGCUGAGCUGCCUGUCUACAGCUGUGAGUGUGCCAUCGGAUUUAUGGGCCAGCGCUGCGAGUACAAGGAAAUCGAUGGCUCCUAUUUGCCCAAGCGGCCGCGUCCCAUGCUCGAGAAGGCCAGCAUCGCCAGCGGUGCCAUGUGCGCACUCGUUUUUAUGUUGUUCGUCUGUUUCGUUUUCUAUUUGCGUUUCGAGCAGCGUGCAGCCAAGAAGGCCUUCGAGCUGGAGCGCGAGCUGCAGCAGGACGAGGAGGAGGGCAGCGACCAGGAGCAAUGCGAGUGCUGCCGGGCGCAGUGCUGCGCUGGAGGAGAUGAGCCGCUCUUCGUCGAACGCAAGCUGCCCUAUCAUAUGCGGCUGGAGCACGCCCUGAUGUCGUUCGCCAUUCGGCGCAGCACAAAGCUUUAAAUUGCAAACCGAAAAUGAAUAUCUUCUAUAUAGACAAGUAUCUGUAACAAGCUAUUGAUUUGCCUUGCCCAUGUUAUGCAUGUUAUGUCAAAGUCUAAAAUUGCGUAUUACGAAUUUCUAUGUGCUUUAGUCGUAGUCAUUAAUCGUCCUAUUAACUAAAUGUUAAGUGUAACCUUUGUAUUCCGAGUCGCAGCCCCCAAGGUUGCUGCUUAUAUCGAGAUUUUGAGAUUCUUCACUUCGAAUAUGUAUUUUUUUACCUUACACUAGAGUUUAUAUUUAUUUUAUACUUAUGCACGAAACACAUCCACAACGAUCGAAAGAACAAACACGCCAAGUAUUAUUUAUCGCACCUAGUUACGUACGAACUAUAUUGAGAGUUUUUACAAUAAAAACGAGCUGCACUUUGCAUAUUCAUUAUGCUAAAGUAGCCUAUCUGAAA